AUCAAGUGAGUCAAGCUGGAAAAAUGUGAAAAAGCAGCGCAUUUAAAGAGUUGAAAGUGAAGUGAAGUAAAGUGUAAAUAACUGAGGUCAAAACAAUUUCUGGCUGAGAAGUUGUUGCUGUGAAGCACAGACCCCAGUUCGGCCUAAGGCUUGGGAUCAACAUUUUGACAAAUAGUUGCAGCCAAGGCGACACAGACAAGCUGCCAAAGUUACAGCCCAUCCCAAACAACGACGCCUCAUGCUAGCAGCAUAAAAAAAAGUUCAGCAAAAGUAAAUAGAAAAAAAACGUACUAUAGAUGGCGCCUUUUAAGCUUAAAUUUCGCAUGGGCGGCUCGCGCAGCACCAACAAUUCCCAAGAGCACGAUCCAGAUCCCACAGUAAACGAGGCACUACUGGAAGAACAUCAGCAACAACAACAACAACAACAGCAGCAGCAGCAACAACAACAGCAAUCUGUAGGCGCCAGCAGCUCGACUAUUGACUCAGUGGAGUGCAACAGUUUGGGCUCAAUGAGUGAACGCAAACUGCUGCUGCCACCCAAUCAAAAUUCGAAUCAGAAUACCAACAGUUUGCGUAUGGGCUACGUCAAUCCGAGUCGCACGCCGUGCAUUAACGAAACGCCCACGGAUGCUAACAACGUGCCAACGACGCCGCCACCCACAUACGAGUAUGUGCUAGAGGAGAAUACGCGUUUGUCGCAGCAUCAGCGUCAGCUGUCGGCGGAUAACAGUGCCACGCCCAAUCAGAACAGCAGACGCAGCUCGGCUACGUUGAAUGAGAGCAGCAGAAGCCAGCGCAGCAGCGAUAACGAUAGCAACGAUAUUUGCAACGAUCCUGAUUGCCAGCAGAACUACAACAACAGUCACUGUGGCAGUCUCAACGACAACAACAAUAGCAAUAAUAACAACAACAACGAGGGAGAGCAACAGCAGGUGCACGGCCACAACAUUGAGGACGCUACCGCGCUGGAGCUGGAACUGGAGCUGGACAACGAAGAGCAGACGCUUAGCGUGAACGAGUUUCUAUUGGAAUCGGAAAUGGCCGCACAGCAACAUAGCCAUCAAAGCGAUGAGCAGCAGACCUGUCUGGAUGAGCAGUGCACACAAUGUGCCAACGAGAACGCAGAGCAGCUGGAAGAGGAUGCAGAUGAGCCCAGCACCAGCAAUGCGGCACGACAUAACUUUUACGAUCCGCUGCUGAACCGCAGCUACAACACUGAGCCUGGUGGAUCAAAUCAUAACCAUGGCGGAGCCUGCAAUGAAACCAAUUGUGGCUCUGGUUCGGUAACCUCACGCACGCGUCGCGGACGCCGCCAAUUGCAGCAGCAGCAACAACAACAGCAGCAGCAGCAGCAGCAGCAGGAGCAGGACUGUCUGCUAACGCCGGAAAUGAUGAGCAACAAGACCUCCAAAGAGAUUUACAAGGAUUUGGCCAAACAAUGGGGCAUUACAUGCAAAAUGUCUGAGAGCUGUCGCUGCAUGGAUUGUCAAAGUCAUUACUUUGACUGCGACUAUGAUGAUAACGAACAUCAGAAAACGGAUGGUGGCCUGGGAGCUGGCACGCCCAUGUUUAUAAACGAGGCCAUGCAUACCACUGGCUGCCAGAUAUUGUAAAGCAACAGAUAGAAAUUUGUAAUUUGGAAUUUUUAGGAAAAGGAUUGCUGAACAAGUGUUAAGCCAAACAAAAAGUAACAUAAUUAAGCACUUAACAAAAUGUUUAACCAAAGCAACAUCAACAAAGCGGGGCAUGUUACAAAUGUUAUUUGCACCAAAAUCAAUUAGCUAUAAUGUUCGCACAGUGUAGCAAAAACAAAUGCACACACAAACAAAAUUUGUUGUGCUAAAAACAAAAACUAACAAUAUUUGUAAAUUUAACUAAGCAUUUUUGAAGCGAGUUUUGCCUUGCUAAAUUACAAUCGAACGCGAAUAAAUUAUUUCUGAACCCACCUUUGGCAGCUGAAAAAAGAGAACAGCAGAAGCAAACACUAGAGAAUAUCCUUAUAUGUGUUCCAUAUUUAGAAUUGUAGCGCUUUCAGCCGAAUUUCUCACUAGUAAUGCCCCCCUCUGAAGUAUUCUGAGCUUGUCGAAAAACAAAAAACCAAUUAAAACUAGUCAAAUUAAAUUUCCCUGGUAUUUAUAUGUAUUUUUCUAAAAACUAAAAUAAUCCUACGAAAGCGUUAGGCAUUCCAUUCAGUGGCCUAGUUACAACUACUAGUUAUAGUCGUUAUAAUCAACGAUAUUGCAAAAUACACAAGCAUACAUAUUUAAGCAAGUUGUGGACAGUGUGCACAGUGGCACAAAUGAACGGCAUUUUUGUGCUGAAAACGAAUAUCUGACAAGGAUGUUUAAAGUGUAGGCGAUAAACAAAACCAAAGUUAACUUUUAUGAUAUUUUGAAGCAAAUCGAAGCAGAAGUAAUUAGUCUGAUAUUUUGUAUACUCGUAAAAUUCCUUAUAUAGCAUAUUAAAUUAUUAUUUGGUUUCGUAUGAACCGCUCUCACUAGCUUUGGCAACUAAAGAGAAAAGCAUUUAGUAACCUUACCCAC